UAUUACACAACCUAAAAGUUCUUGUCAUUCUUGGAAUGUCAGAAGAAUUCGACGAAUUUGAUAUCAUUUUCUCCGACAGUUUCUUCCGGACUCGCCGGCGUGACGACAUGAACGAGAAAGAAAACCGGCCCGUUGGUUUCCAAGAAAACUCCAAAAACAAACCGAGACGGAGCAAAACGGCGCCGUUACCUUCACCAGCGGCAUUCUCGACUUCGCUACCGGUGAAUAUACCGGGUAAUGUGGUGCAAAGGUACACGGAUGAUGAGGAAUAUUCCGAUGACGGAGGAAGGAUCAUGGUUCCGCCGCAUCUGAUAGUUGGACGGAGGAUGGAAGGUUGUCAAAUGGCGUUUUCCGUUUGUACAGGUAACGGAAGGACUCUCAAAGGACGGGAUCUGAGCCGGGUUCGUAAUUCGGUU